CCCUCGUCCAUGUUUCUUUCUGCAUGGAACAAGGUCUUGCGAAUCCUGCAAUGACGCGAGCGUGCACGACGCACUGCUCCGGUGGGACCGUGAACCGCGAGUGAACUUUGUUCGCCUCAAACUGACUCGCUCGCCAAUCGUUCGUCCUUUGCCCGUACGUACGUCAUGCCAGCUGCCAUGACCCUCCCGCCGGCGUCCUCGACGGCGACCGACCACGAAGCGACCCGAUCGUCUACCGCGUCGAGAGAUGGUCCGAUCUCACCUUCGAACGGACCCGACAAGCACUCCCCUCGACCCAGCCACCAGAAGCUGGUCUUCACCGACCCCGUUGCGCUUCGGUACCUGGAAGAGGAUCCUUCGACGAUCCUGCUUCAUCGAAGACUAUCGCUGCAGGGGUACGAGAUAUACCUCGUCGAGCAAUGGGCGUACUCGCGGAUCCAUCCGACGUUCGUGAUCACAACCUACACGGGGGACGCUUCACACACAGUGUUCGUUGGCGUUCUGAGUGUGCCGACGGAUGAGACAGCAUGGUCGCCUCGCCUGAAGCUUUAUUUUAACGCCAUGACACAGUACCAUGCUCGAAUGAAGGAGACACCGCUGGGGAAUUUGAUGGUUACGGAUCUGAGCGUUUUCCCGUCCACGCUCGCCGUCGUUCUAGUGCCGGCUGGGGAUAUCAGGAAGCAUCGAGAUGAUUUUAUUGUCAACGAGAAUCUGAAGAGGCUAGGCUGCUCCGGUAGAGCGGGGUUGAAGCUCCAGUACCCCUCCCCAGCGACGGAGGCCAAGUUUCACUUGCUCUAUCGGACCAGCGAGAAAGUGCACCUCUAUUCUGCUGUUGUCGAACUGGUCAAGCAGUGCCAGAUCGCCUUGGUCAUCUUCGACAAGCUGGCGGCCGAGUAUGUCGAUGGCUUACUGUGUGAUGUGACGGAAACCGCCAUCGGGGAUUGGUGGGCAGAUAUCGGAAUCGAUAUUUAUAAUAUCGAGCCGAGUGAUGGGGUUUUAGGGCCAACGACCGUUGCGGCUUUGCUUGGGACCCUGCUUGGCGCUCGGAACCGGCUGCAUGCCUACGGUGCCCCGGUUCCGAAAGAUGCAUUUGAUGUCUCCGGCAUGAAGCGUGGCAUUGGGAGCUUCCAGAAAUCACAGAAACUGGAACGGACCAGACGGCUGGAUCGACAGACCUUGGACAAGCUGCAUCGGGCAACGGCCAAAUACGCCAAUUCAGAGGGUUGGACCGGUGCUGUCAAAUCGACCAUGGCAGAGCUUAGCGGCAAAGGGGGUGAGAUGGUGAUGGGUAUGGUAGGAGCCCGGGAAAAGGCCGGCAUAGCCGAUAUCGAAACUCUAGAUAUAGAAAGGUUUUCACACCUCGUGCAUGGGGAAAGGGCUAAAUGGCUAUGGCUUGGGAAACCGCGAAAGAGUGCCCUUGGUGACAGUUUUACCAACGUGCCAGGGUCAUCUGAUAUGGUUUUCGUCAAAGACGAGCAAGGAGGCUACGUCUGGACCAGUCGGAGACGAAAUUCACACGACUUUCUUUCCGCUGAACGGCCACCGCAAGGGAUACAGCGUCCUUUGAGGCCCGGUUCCUCCUAUACCAUGGAUGACAAAGAUCAGAACCUAAGCAAAAUGGUCCUAAAGGGUGUCAGUGAGAAGGUUUCCGAUGCAAGAAUUGGCUUUGGCAAGUUCAAGGAUGCCGUGGGAUUGCCGGGUCUUCGCUCUCACCACAAGAGUGCAAAGGAGGAGGCUGAACUUUCCGCCGACCCUUCCUUCGCCCCUUCUGGAAGCACAAAUGCUGGAGCGACUUCACUAAGGACAGAUACGGAUCUCACCGUUCUGAAACACCGUGGAAGCCUCGCGGAUAGUGAGAAACAUAAUCCCAACGAAGAGGAAGGCCCUGAAGACUUGAUCUCUUCACCAUCCUCCCCCUUUGAAUCCAAGCCACCUGAGAUUACAAUCAACAAUGCGGACCCGGCCUCGGGUUGGGAAUCUUCGCAUGAGGUAAUAGAUCAAUCUCUGCUGCAUUCAGAUGGUGAGGUCAGCGAUCUCGAGCCUUGGAGGUCGCGGUCCACGGAGAGAUCAAGCGAUCAAUUACCCCUUCCUGGACAAGCGGCGUUGUCUCUUCGCAAGUCCCAGAGCUAUGAAGAGCUUUCUUCCAAAAGCGAACGGGCAAAACGUGAGAAUUACUGGCCUCGCCAACUAUCGUUCAGUACGGUCGAAGAUGUCAUCCUCGGGUGGGACGACAUUGCAGACGGCAAGCCUGAUGGCGAUAACCUCGAUCUGAGUCUGGAAGAGGCAAUACUCCAAGAAGACCUGAUGGCGUCCGAUGCCCGUUUGUUCAGUUCGAAGAUUGUGGAGCUCAACCGGGUCACUGUGCCCUGGGUGGAGCGGCAGGUCGAUUCAGUCGAUAGCAUUAAUCAGCUAUUGCACGAGCGCCAUGAAGACAUUCAUUCCAUGUAUCUUGAGCGCCUUGCAGAGUACCAGGCGACCCGAGCACAGUCCAGUGAUCUUUUGUCCAAGGAAGGCUCCUAUCUCACCGAGAGCGUCAAACGGGUGGAACUUCUGGGCGCCAAGCUUGACUAUGAGCUGGAGAUUCUCGAGUCGAGGGUUGAGGAUGUGGAGGCCGGACUGAAAGAUUUCGAGAACCAUAUCACGAUAGUGGAGGGGAGGACCAAGAGACUAGUCCAGGGCGAGGAGAAGACCAAGAACACUUCAUGGUUCUCCUGGUUGGGAGGCAUAGCCGGACUCACGACGCAACGACAAUAAAUUAUAAUGGCAUGCGUGCAGAUUUGUUCUGAUGCAUGAGAUCUGACGGAGAGAUAGAUUUGUAAAUAUUUCUUUCUAUACAUCCCAUACUAGUGUACAUAAUGAUAAUCCAGAAGGAAAAAAAAAGAACCGGUUUUUCCUCUAUAUCCCGUGCUGGAUUGUCCACGGUCAUCUAGAGCAUAAAUUAUGCGCCAGUCAAUGGCAACUUAAAUCUCAUACUCUGUAACUGAUCCUCCAGCAAUACUGAUAUUGGAGAUAUUGAAAAAAAAAACCCCAAACCAGCAUUGCAUCAUUUGCGUCAUGAUCAGAGAGGGUUUUUUACAUGCCGAAUCCCAUUCCGCUCUGCUUGCUGGCC